AUGGCCGUUUAUGGGAGCAUACUUUUUGUCAUUGUGGAUGCUUGCACCAAAUGGAUGGAUAUUCACUACACGGGCAAUUUUUGUACAUCAGCCAUCACAAUAGAGAAACUACGUGACUCUUUCGCCACUCAUGGGUUGCCGGAUACAUUAGUGUCUGACAAUGGACCUUGUUUUGUGUCACAGGAGUUCGAAGGAUUUAUGAAGUGCAGCGGUAUUAGGCAUGUUUGGACAGCACCCUAUCAUUCCGCCUCUAAUGGCCUUGCAGAGACGGCAGUGCAGUCGUUUAGAGCUGGCAUGCGGAAGCAAUCAUCAGGGUCUGUAAAGACCAAGUUGGCAAAAUUUUUACUCAACUAUCGUACCACCCCGCAUACAACCACUGGAGUGGCACCAGCGCAACUAUUAAUCGGACGAAGGCUGACAACAUCCAUAGACAGGCUGUUUCCGGAUGUGUUGAGGAAAGUGGUCCAAACACAGUUACAACAGAAGAAUUACCAAGACCAGCAUGUUACAUACCGUCCAUUUCAGGUACAAGACAGAGUAUUUAUCAGGAACUAUGCAAAUGGACCAAUUUGGGUACCUGGGGUGAUAUUAGCCGUCACGGGUCCACUGUCUUAUGAAUGA